UUACGCAUCACGUGCACUGCAAAGCGCGCGCCUCUAGUCCUGUGUGCAGGUGCUAUGGGGAACAUCGAAGUGAUAACCAACACCGACACGACAGAGGAUUUCUUUCAGGGCGUUACAACAAACAGUUCAAUAAGUUUUGGAAGUCUGGAGGACAUCGACGUGUCUGCUGAUGGCAGUCUGCUCCUGCGCUGUUUUAUCUCCGUUACCUACGCGGUGGUGUGCGCCGCGGGUUUGGUGGGGAACCUCUUUGUGCUCGUGUUUAUCCGGGCGAGACAAGCGCGCAGGAAAUCCGACACCAAUGUCUUCGUGCUUCAUCUGGCCGUCACGGAUUUCCAGUUCGCGCUCACGCUGCCGUUCUGGGCUGCAGACGCAGCUCUGGACUUUAGCUGGCCGUUUGGCGACGUCAUGUGCAAGCUCGUGCUUUCGGCCACGGUGAUGAACAUGUACGCAGGUGUGUUCUUUCUCACUGCCAUGAGCGUCGCGCGCUACAGGUGCAUGGUAUCCGCGCUCAAAGAGCGCGCAGGCGGGCGAGGCGCGCGCACCAAUGUCAAACUCGUAGCUGCCGUGUUGUGGCUGCUGGCCACCGCUGCCACCGCGCCUACGUCCAUUUUCUCCACGGUUAACGAGGUGGCCGGGGAAAAGCUCUGUCUUUUACGCUUUCCGAACGGGCAACUCUGGUUAGCUGUGUAUCACCUGCAGAAAAUCCUGCUCGCCUUUGUGAUACCCAUGGCCAUUGUCUCCAUCAGCUACCUGCUGCUAUUGAGGCUUGUGCGCCGUCACAGUUUGAAGUCCAGAGCGCACGUCACCCGCUCGGUCGCCGUGGUGGUCUUGUCCUUCUUCCUCUGCUGGAUGCCCAAUCACGCCGUGACGCUUUGGGGAGUCCUGGUGAAGCUGAACGUCGCGCGCUGGGACAAGGCAUACUACGUGGCGCACACCUACGUGUUCCCUCUCACUGUGUGUCUGGCUCACGCGAACAGCUGCUUAAACCCGGUUAUAUACUGCCUCACGCGCAGAGAGUUCAGGCGGAAGUUGAGAGACUUUUUUCUCCGUGACUGAACGCGCUUGCUCCAAGUCUGCUUCUGUUUUGUGUCCCACACGUGAUCGUAGCUCCCGGAGAUGCAGAGCAGCCAAAAGAAAGCAUCAGCAGUUUAAAAAGAAAAACGUGUUUCCCUCAAGCUGCUUCAAAAUCACCAACACGAUCUAUUGUGCGUAAUGAUGUGUAAAAUAUUUGUUCUGAACACACUCAAGCAAGACAAUCUCUAACCUAUCUGUGUACAGUUAUAUAU